GCGGGAGACAGGACAGUGGGGAAUUGGGCGGCAAUUCGCUGACCUAAUUAGGAGCCCAGGAGACGCGACUCCCGGGCUGGCACUCUACGCGACCCUGAGAGAGCGACACGACUCAACAGUCAAUGCCCCCCCGUAGCAGCGCGACGGAGCCUGUGCCUCUGUGUUUGAUGAGUUCAAGCUGAAAAGUGCCCACCUUUUUGCCCACCUAAAACGAGACAAGACAGGACUGCGUUGCCAUCCAGUGACCAGAAUUAAAAAAGGUCGAAGCGCUGUCCAUUCAAAACAAACAAAUCUCUGUUUCCUUCUUAGCGCCUUUCCUGUUGCCCUUCCCUUCUUUUUCCCACCAUCACCGCCCAACCAUUUUCCACUUUCUCACCACCACCACCAUCACCAACUACGCACAGCAGGCGCCGACUCUGCUUUUCUCUCUCUCUCUCUCUCUCACACACACACUCACUCUCUCUCUCGCUUCUCUGGAUUCAACUGUUUUAUCUUAUUUUGAAACACAGACUCAAAAUGUCUGUCGUCACGCUUCUCGGCGUCAAUGUGGCCAACAACCCCGCCAAGUUCACCGACAAGUACCUUUUUGAGAUCACAUUCGAGUGCCUGGAGCCACUUGAGAAGGACCUCGAGUGGAAGCUCACCUACGUCGGCUCCGCCCAAAGCGACUCCCACGACCAGGAGCUCGACUCCCUCCUCGUCGGCCCCAUCCCCGUGGGCGUCAACAAGUUCGCCUUUGAGGCCAACCCCCCCGACACCAAGCUCAUCCCCGACGACGAGCUCCUCGGCGUCACCGUCAUCCUCCUCACCUGCGCCUACGACGGCCGCGAGUUCGUCCGUGUUGGUUACUAUGUCAACAACGAGUACGAGUCCGAAGAGCUCCAGAACGACCCCCCUGCCAAGCCCAUCAUCGAGAAGAUCAAGCGCAACGUGUUGGCUGAGAAGCCACGUGUGACUAGGUUCAACAUUAAGUGGGACUCCGAGGCUACUGCUCCUGCCGAGUUCCCUCCUGAGCAGCCUGAGGCCGAUUUGGUUGCUGAUGAGGAGGAGUAUGGUGCUGAGGAGCUUGCCGAGGAGGAGGCUGAGCUAGCGGAGGAGGCUGCUGCCGUUGGCGAGGCUACUGGUGCUGAUAAGGAUGCUGCCAUGGAAGGCGUUGAGGGCGAGAACGGUGCUGUUGACGAGGAAGAGCUCUCCGACGACGGCAGUGUCGACAUCGAGGGAGAGAGUGAAGACGACCUCGAGGACGAAGAGCUCGACGGCGACGCGAUGGAAACUGAUGAGAUGGAGGUCGACAAGCCUGCCGUUCCUGCCGCUGGCGCCCCUUCUGGCGCCCCAGCCCCCCAGGCUGAUGCCAUGGUGCACUGAACCGCCCCUUGAAGGGUUGGGAGUGCGAAGGAAAUAUAAAGCAGGAAUAUGAUGUGACGGAUAAUGACUGGGGUUAGAGCGCCUGGGAUAUGUGUUUGUCAUUUUUGCAAGCGGGACUGCGGGAGGUUUGGAGGCAUUUCGGAAUUCAUACCCUAGACGUUCUGCUGCUGUUGAAUUGAUCACAUCGGCUGGCGAUGGUUUCUGUCGCAUUCACGUUUAAUUUCUGUCU